AUGAAGACCAUCUUCACGAACGGCCGGAUAUUCUCGCCCUCAUCAAAUAACCCGAAUGCACACAAUGAAUUCGUGGAAUCGAUGGUUGUCGAAGAUGAUCAAAUUAUCUAUGUGGGCUCACGGAGGGAGGCUCCCUAUGCAGACAAUAUAAUCGACCUCGAAAGCCGCCUUGUCGUCCCCGGCUUCAUCGACGGCCAUGUGCACAUUCUCAACUUUGGUCUGUCCUUGGGGAGGCUCAACUUGAUGGGGUGUACAUGUCUAGAGGAUAUUCGAAAGGCAAUCAAAGCUUUUUCAACGAAUCACCCUGCCGCUCCUCGGCUUCUCUGCCGAGGAUGGAUUCAAUCGACAACCAGUGGGAUCGCUCUGGCAAGUAUGCUAGAUGAUUUGGACCCGCGACCAAUUCAUAUUGAAUCUCUGGACCUACACUCAAUCUGGUGCAACUCUGCUGCCCUGAAGGAAAUGGGCAUUUACACUGCCCCCGAUCCACCAGGCGGGACGAUCCACCGCGACAAGGACGGAAGACCAUCAGGUCUCCUGAGAGAAAGUGCCGUGGUCGACAUCGUCUGGCCAUUUCUCGCAAAGGUCACCACUCAAGAGGCAAAGCUCAAGGCCCUUGACCAAGCUUUCACGGCAUACACGCAAGCCGGUUACACCGGUCUCGUCGACAUGGCCAUGGACGAAGACACCUGGGACGUUCUCCGGCUCUACCGGCAAUACAACAACCCACCUUUGCACGUCGCAGCACACUGGCUCGUCCCCUUUUCAGAGAAUCAAGAAACCAACUUCCACCACGUCGACCGCGCGAUCCAGCUGCAGGCCGAGUUCAACCGUACCAGCUCACCCGAUUUCUGCAUCAUGGGUAUAAAGAUCAUCUGCGAUGGCGUCGUGGACGGCUGCACAGCGGCCCUGAGCCAGCCCUACGGCAACCGGACCGAUCCCGUCGAGCCCAUCUGGCCCGCGGACAUGCUUAAAGCCGUCGUCCGGCGCGCUGACCAGGCGGGACUACAGUGCGCCAUCCACGCCAUCGGCGACAAAGCCGUGAAGCAGGCCAUCGAUGUCCUGGCGGAAGUCGGCACCCCCGGCCGCCGCCACCGCAUCGAGCAUCUUGAGCUCACUGCCCCCGAGGACGCAAAGCGGUUGGGAGACUUGGGAAUCACGGCUUCGGUGCAGCCGGUUCACUCGGAUCCGGUCCUGUUCCGCGCGUGGCCGGAGUUGAUCGGCGACCGGUGCCAGAGGGCUUUUGCGUACAGGGAGUUUGUGGAUGGAGGGGCGAGGCUUGCGAUUGGGACGGAUGCGCCUACUGCGGCUCAUUUGCCGUUGCCGAAUCUGUAUAAUGCCACUACGCGGCGUUCGGCGCUGGAACCGGGAGAGCCACGGGCUACGAAUGGGCAUUUUGGAUUAGGGCUGGCGCAGGCUGUGACCGCUGCGACGGAGGGAGCGGCAUAUGCCCGAUUCGCAGAGGGAUGGACGGGGUGCUUGAGGGAAGGAUGUAGAGCGGAUUUUGUGGUCUUGGAUAUGCGGUGGGAAGCGGAAGAGCUGUUGGAGGGCAAGAUGUGCGAGACUUGGUUCGGAGGGCAGAAGGUAUGCAGUGUAGAGAAAUGA